AUGGAUGUCUCACCAAGUGAUAAUUAUGUAAAAUAUAUUGAAACAGCAAGUCCUGAAUUAAUCACAAAAAUAAAAAAAGCAGAACACCUUCAAUUAAUGGUUGAUGAGGAUGAGUUAGAAAAUGAAAUAAGGAAUUGGAAAGCUUUUGUUCGGUUUAUGGAAGAAAACCAAAAAAUUCUUCAACAAAUUGGUCCUAAAAUCAAUAUAAUACCUGGGUUUUGGUAUACUGUUCUUCAUAAUGCUGGACUCUUUGAUUAUUAUGCAACAAAUCCAACCGAUGUAAAAAUACUACAAUUCUUAUAUUCAAUUUCUUGUCAUUCAUUUUCUUACCAAAUUGUCCCUUAUCCAGGUUCAACAAAUAAAAAAACCCUCAGGGUAAGUUUUGUCCUUUCGUUUACUUUUAAACAAAAUCCUUACCUUCUCUAUAAUACAUUAACUAAGAAAGUUACGUAUUUAGAAAGACACUUAAAUGGGCCACCAACCAUCGUUAACUCUGGUGUCUUUUUUAAUGAAGGACAAGAUCCACAUAAAAUCAAUGGAGUUAUUGUUGGGUCUUUCUUUGAUUAUUUUGUUCCAUACAACUUAAAAGAUUUUUAUGAGGAUGCGACAGAAGAAGAAACAAUCAAUAAUAUGCUUGAAAAAGAUUUUACUGUUACAGAAACUUUGAUCAGAACAAUAUUAAAUAACUGCAUUGAGUGUUAUCAAAAUAAAAGAGAGAUUAUUUUUGAUUGA